AUGGAAAAGUUGGUACUGGCGCUGCUUCAUGCUUCUAGAAGGCUGCACAGGUACUUUACAGGGCACGUAAUCACAGUACUUUCCAACUUUCACAUCGACACAAUAUUGCAAAAACCAGAGACGUCUGGGCGGUUAGCAAAAUGGGCGAUUGAACUAGGGGGCCACAACAUCUUGUACAGGCCGCGCCCAGCCAUCAAGGGUCAAGUCCUUGUGGACUUCGUCACAGAAGUUCCAGUAGAAAAAAUCAAAGAUUGUGAGAUUGUUGAGACUCCCGCGAAGGAUACAUCUAACGAGUUGUGGUUGCUGUACACUGAUAAAGCAUCAAAUGAGGACGGCGCAGGAGCAGGGUUGCGCCUCGUAAGCCCUGAGAAGCAUGAAUUUACAUAUGCCAUCAAGUUGGACUUCAAGAACACCAACAACAAGGCGGAAUAUGAGGCAUUUCUGGCAGGCUUGCGCCUCGCCAUAAAAAUGGGAGCUCAAAAUCUACAAGCACAUGUUGAUUCACUUCUGAUCGCGAGUCAAAUCAAUGGAAUUUACGAUGCAAAGGGCGAGGUCAUGGCCCUGUAUUUAGAAAAUGCGAAAGAAUUACUUCAACGCUUCAAGUCAUACAAGGUGGUUCACAUCAAUCGCUCUGAAAACAAACCAGCAGACGCUUUGAGCAAGCUCGCUUCAACUUCCUUUCAACAUCUAGCCAAAGAUGUAAGGAUUGAAGUACUCAAGAAUCCAUCAGUCCUGCUACGCCAGGUAAAUGUGAUUGAAGUAGGGCAGCCAUCGUGGAUGACCCCUAUAAUUCAAUAUCUACAAGAAGGGAUACUCCCGGAAAGCAAAGCAGAGGUAAGGAAGAUCCAGAACAAGGCCUUGCACUAUGAAAUGAAUGAUGGUAUUUUAUACCGAAAAUCCUAUUUAGGGCCCCUGUUGCGCUGUGUGGACCCUCAAGAUGCAAAUUACUUGAUCAGAGAGAUCCACGAAGGGAUCUGCGGCAUCCAUGCAGGACCACGCAUGGUUGUCGCAAAGAUUAUGAAUGCUGGUUAUUACUGGCCAGGGAUGCAUGUCGAUGCUCUAAGGGAGUUGCGCAAAUGUGACUCAUGUCAGAGACACUCCCCGAAGACCCUGCACCCGAAGAAUGAUCUCAUCCCUGUAUCCACUGCUUGGCCCUUCCAACAGUGGGGAAUUGAUAUGGUGGGACCUUUCCCUGAUGCUCCGGGAACCGUAAAGUUCAUAAUUGUGGCUGUUGAUUAUUUUACUAAGUGGGUGGAGGCCAAAGCUCUCGCUUCAACCACUGCAAUGAUGGUGCACAAGUUUAUCUAG